CAAUUCUGAAAACAUGGGCUUUUGCAUGGCUUUCGAUGGCCUGUCUGGAAUCCAAUUAAGGUGCAUGCGUCUCAGAGUGACGCGGAUCCUCCAGACGGAUGGAAUGCUCGAAGUCGCAGAGAGAGAGACCGAGAAAUGUCCGGAAAUGUGGUUGUUUCAGAGGGAAAAUCAGUGGGGAAGAGCGUUCAAGAGAUGUCUAUGGAUGGCGAUGAACCGCCACCGCAGUUUGUUGUGAAGGAACAUCCCUUUGGUUCCAAGCAGUGUAAUUCUUCUUCAGAAUCGAUUCACAUACCUAUCAUCGAUGUCAGUCUCCUCUUAUCUUCAGAACAAGAGCUUCUCCAGCUCAGAUCUGCUCUUGCCUCUUCUGGAUGCUUCCAGGCGGUAGGUCAUGGAAUGUCAAGUUCAUUUCUUGAAAAGGUACGUGAAGUUGCAAAGCAGUUUUUUGCACUUCCAGUGGAAGAGAAGCAGAAGUACGCAAGAGCUGUUAAUGAAUCCGAAGGGUAUGGCAAUGACAGAAUAGUUUCAGAGAAGCAGGUCUUAGAUUGGUGCUAUCGGUUAACUCUUAGAGUUUUUCCAGAGCACAAAAGAAGGCUUGCUUUCUGGCCUGAAAAUCCUGCUGAUUUCAGGGAGACACUGGAGGAGUUUUCCAUUAAAACAAAGGCAAUGAUGGAUCAACUGUUGAGAAGCAUGGCAAGGUCAUUGAACGUGGAAGAGAACAGCUUCUUAAAGCAGUUUGGGGGGGACAGUGCGAUGAUGCAAGCUAGGUUUAACUUCUAUCCUCCAUGUAGCAGACCUGAUAUGGUUCUUGGCGUGAAGCCUCACACUGACAGAUCAGGAAUCACGGCUCUCUUGCAAGACGCGCAAGUGGAAGGCCUUCAAGUUCUGAUCCAUGACACUUGGAUCAAUGUCCCCGCAAUUCCUGAUGCUCUUGUUGUCAACCUUGGCGAUCAAAUGCAGAUAAUGAGUAAUGGAAUUUUCAAGAGCCCAAUGCACAGGGUUAUAACAAACAGAGAGAAGUUAAGGAUGUCGGUGGCCAUGUUUAACGAGCCAGAUGCAGAGGCAGAAGUAGGACCUGUGGAAGCCCUUAUUAAUGGGACAAGACCGAGAAUGUACAGAAAUGUCAAGAAUUAUGGUGUUAUCAAUUACCAGUGCUAUCAGGAAGGUAAGGUAGCACUUGAGACUGUUAGAGUGGCUCAUAAUUAAUCUGAUCAAGCAGAAAUGAGACUGUUUUAGAUAUCAUCAUUGGAUUAAUUAAAUAAGACCCCUUUGAUUGGAGCAGGAUCGCCUAUUCCUAUUUGUAUCUUAUUCCAAUUCCCAAACAUGGUCCACAGUUAUGUAUAAUAUAAAUGAACAAAAUCUGUUAAUUAUUGGAUUUAAAUUUGAAUUUAAAGUGGUUUUUCCUCC